UAUACCGUUCUCUCCAAGUUUUGGAGCUAAAACGUCUGAGAGGGAAGCAAGAGCACAGAGGGAGGAUAGCAGCAGAAACGCAAUCAAAGACGAUCACUGAAGGGUGCAGAUUCAAAGACACAAGCUGAAGGGAUACUAGAGUCUUACCUCAUCUCCAAGCAGUCAUGGUCUUCCUCCUCAUAUCCCUAACUGUGCUACAUCUGGUCACCUUGGCCAUGCUCCUCAUCGCCACUCUGGAGAAGUCCUGGUGGAUAUGGGCUGAUACAGAAAUCAGAGACCUCUGGUAUAACUGCUUCCAUGAUAAUGCCACAAAGACCUGGUUGUGUGCUGCUACCAGUGAAAGCGACUGGCUGCAGUCAGUCCAGGCCCUCAUGGUCCUCUCUGUGGUCUUCUCCUCCAUCUCCUUCCUGGUUUUUCUGGGCCAGCUAUUGACCAUGUCAAAGGGAGGACUCUUCUACUUCACAGGCCUCUGCCAGGCAUUUGCAGGUUUCACAGACUUUGCGGCCUGCCUCAUCUUCACCUUCCACAGAAAGGAGAUCCUUAAUGACUCCAGAGAUCUGAGCAAAGGACACUUUGGCUACUGCUUCAUCCUGGCAUGGCUAUGUGUCCCUCUGCUGCUGGUCAGUGGAGUCCUGUAUGUCCACCUGCGCAAAAAGCAGUGAGCCAAAAAAGUAGAAAGGAUGAAAAUGAAAACCUCUUAUAAAGAAUGCAACGCUCAUUACUCAACUUCAAUCAUUUCCCAGUUAACAGUAAGCACAUAUUAGGAAAUAAAAUGACUGAUAAUCAAAAUACCUCUUUAAACUAUACAAAUCUAUUUUCUGUCUGAGUCAAUAUCCACCCUGCUGUACUACAUCGUAUGUGGGACAUUUCAUUAACAUUCAAGAGCAGAUCAAGAAAACUCAUCAAUCAUGUUGUAAGAUACAAAGCUCUUCUUAAUGUGUCACAUUUUAUUACAUUAUUACAUAAAAAUAUUAGAUAAUGAAUGCAUAUCUCGUGGUUGUAUGAUUGUUAUCACGGUAAGAAAAUAUUGAUUUCAAAUGACUUGUUUUUGUAUUUUGUACAUAC